GUCGUAAGACAUGUGUGUUUUGGGAUGUAGAGGAUUACCCAAUCCCAGAUGGUAUUGAUCCUGCUUCGUUUUAUCUGAAUAUCAAAGAGUCUAUCAAGAAGCAGGGUUGUCAUGAAGAGGUUUCAAUCCAGGCUUACGUUCCGGAUGAUGAUGAAUUGCGACGUAAAUAUGAGGAUGCUGGGUUCAUCAUCAAAUCCGAUCCCCAUGAUGGUAAAGAUGAGAGAAUUUGUACCAUGUUUGUGGAAUUGAUGUUGUGGGCACAUGAAAAUCCUAAACUGACAAAUAUAAUUGUGCUGGCAAAAAACAUCGGAGACGACAUGGGUUAUCGUCUCGGAGGUCUGUAUGGCAGAGGUCAGGCUAUUCUCUUAUCCCAAUCUGAUCCAGAAUGGGACCUUCUUCCUAGUGAAAGCUCAACAUGGUUUUUGACUAGCCUAUUCGAUGGCCCUAGCGGUACCUCACAACGUCUUGACAAUAAGAAGCAGAAGAUGUUCUCAUAAUUAAGGAUCACAUGCGUCGUCAUGGUUCAACAACAAUCACAGUGGAGGAUGCCUGCUGCAUUUGCAUGACUUAAGAUUGUAUAUGCUUCUGCUUUUUGUAAAAUUUAUAAAAAGAUGAUAAUAUUCACAUCAAUUUCCAACAUAUUUAA